AUGGACUCCGGCGGCGGCGGCGACUCGUCCGGCGGCGGGGGCGCGGCUGCUGCGGCGGCCAAGUGGCGGACGGACGCGACGCGGGCCUUCCAGUACUACCUGGACCGGUCGACGCCGCACGCGACGGGCCGGUGGGUGGGCACGCUGGUGGUGGCCGCCGUCUACGCGCUCCGGGUCUUGUCCAUCCACGGCUUCUACAUCGUCAGCUACGGCCUCGGGAUCUACCUCCUCAACCUCCUCAUCGGCUUCCUCUCCCCCAUGGUCGACCCGGAGCUCGACCCCUCCGCCGCCGCACACGACGGGCCCGCCCUCCCCACCCGCGGAUCCGACGAGUUCAAGCCUUUCAUCAGGAGGCUACCAGAGUUCAAGUUCUGGUAUGCAAUCACAAAGGCUUUUGUUAUAGCUUUUGUCAUGACAUUCUUCUCCGUCUUCGACGUCCCUGUCUUCUGGCCUAUACUGCUCUGCUACUGGAUUGUACUCUUUGUGCUCACCAUGAAGCGCCAGAUUCUGCACAUGGUCAAGUACAAAUAUGUGCCCUUCAACAUCGGGAAGCAGUGUUUUUGUCGUCCACUGGUUGAUAUCAAUUCCUCUUGGUAUCAUGGGUGUGCAUAG